CACACGGAACGGGUGUAUCGCUUCUCUGCGCGAAUUCCUCGAAGUCCAAUACGAUUUUAAUGUUCGCGUGAUAUUGCGAUGCUGUGAAUGUUAUCCUGAUGCCAUUGAAGCCAUGAUAUUCAAAGCGGGAGGGAAGCCUCCGGGCAAGAGUCCUCCAAAGACAGAAGAAAGAGAAAAUAAGGAGAAUUGCGUAAAAGAAAGUUGCGACCGGUGCCCGGGGGAUCCGUGGGUUUAUUGUGCAGUGUUGUGGUGUGCGUGUGCUAUGAGCCUGAUCUCAAGCGGGUACAGCCUAUACAGGCAACAGGGACUUCAAGAUAGACUUGGCUUGCUGGAGGAACAGCACCGGGCGCUGCGUAGCGCGGUGUUGGAGCCGCAGCAGCCGCUCGUGGAGAGGCUUCGACGGGAGGCUCGGGUCCCGCACUGGAGAGCAACCAGAAGCAUACGGGAUUAUAGUGAUUGCGGCUGUCCACCAGGGCCGCCUGGACCGCCUGGAAAGAGAGGGAAGAAAGGAAAGAAGGGUGAUACUGGGGAACCUGGACCAUCAGGGUUGAUGGGAGCACCGGGCAAAAAUGGAUUUCCGGGGAGCAAGGGCGAGAAAGGCGAACGCGGCUUCAUGGGUCCAAUAGGGUUAGAUGGACCAAAGGGAGAUCCGGGCCGACCCGGAGACAAAGGGCAUAAAGGCGAACAUGGCAGUCCAGGUUUUGAUGUCUUUUCAGCAGUCAAGGGCGUGAAACGCUCCGUGGACAACUAUAAGAUGAGCCCGUACACCACCGCAGAGAUUAUCGCUGUCAAGGGUGAACCCGGAGAACCAGGGCCUCCAGGUGCACCUGGGCCGCCUGGAUCUGACGGAAUUGCAGGCGCCGAGGGCCGUCUUGGUCCUGUUGGAGCUCCCGGACCAGCAGGCCCCCUUGGACCGGCUGGACCCCCUGGCCCCAUUGGACCUGUUGGACCUCCUGGACUUAUAGGACAUAAGGGAGAUCGCGGUGACAAGGGCGAGCGCGGUUACACAACGACGCUGAAGGGCGACGCCUUCCCCACUGGAAUCAUCGAAGGACCACCUGGCCCCCCUGGACCUCCCGGUGUGGCUGGUACGGCGGGCCCUCGUGGUCCCCCAGGACUGGACGGACGGCCCGGUGAUCCUGGUGUACCCGGACCCCCAGGAAAACCGGGUGAAAUAGGACCUAAAGGCGGAAAAGGUGACUACGGAGACAUGGGAUCACCGGGAAUGCUUGGUGCACCUGGUUUGCCUGGACCGCCCGGAUAUCCUGGUCUCAAAGGGGAAAAAGGAGAUAAAGGAGAUUCGAAAUACAGGAAACUACGUCGGAGACAAAACUUGCAGGGCGACGGCACAGGAUACGAGCUGUACGGACAUGAUAUUAUGAUGGGUCCUCCGGGAGCUCCAGGCCCAGCUGGCCCUCCUGGGGUCGCCGGGCCUCCCGGCAUCAAGGGCGAUAAAGGGGAUCCUGGCAUUCGGGGAAAAUCGGGUGAGCGUGGAGAAAAAGGUGACCCUGGACCAAUGGGACUUCCGGGUCCCGUGGGUCUACCUGGCGAGACAGGAGAACCAGGGAGACACGGAGAGCCGGGGCCUCGGGGCCCGCCUGGCCUCGAUGGCAUGAAGGGCGCACAAGGCGAGCCAGGAGGCAAAGGCGAAAGAGGAGAUCCAGGUCUACCCGGAACAGAUGGAAUACCUGGAACCGAGGGGCCCAAGGGUGAGAAGGGUUACAAAGGAGAGGCCGGUCCUCUUGGAAAGCGUGGCCGAAAGGGUGACAAAGGAGAUCGUGGUGAGCAAGGCGUGCCUGGCCUCGAUGCGCCCUGUCCGCUCGGGCCCGAUGGCCUGCCGCUACCAGGUUGUGGCUGGCGGCCCUCUAAGGAGGCGGCUCGGCCAAUGGUGAAUAGUGCAGAGGAACGGGGAGUAGACAGGGGAGUUGGGGGAGAAGAGGACAUCGGGGAAGAGGAGGUAGAAGAGGGCGAGUAUGAGGGACCUGAUGACACCCGCGACUAUGAGGACUACAUCGACCCUGCACUGCAGCUACGGCAUUGAUCAUCUACGGUGACACACGGUCCUUACACGUUGCAGGAAACCCUAGCCGCGUGGGUACGACGGCGGUUGGCGCUGGACGACAACGAACUGCCCUAAUCAUGCCUUCACUCAAACAUCGCACAGUGCAUCACAGCAGUCUCCUGUUAUUAAAUAUUCGACACUGCCCUUGGCCAUCCAAUACACUCCAGUAACGGUGUUGAUUGUUAAUGAUAAUUAAUUGAAUUGUUACGACGUUGAAUACAUUUAGUUAAUAUUGGUACAAAUUCUGAUAUACAUUAAAAUUUUAUCCUCAUUCCAGAAAUAACUUAGAUAUUCAAUUGUUAUUACUACUAAAUCAGAAUUUGCACCAUUGACUAUUUAGUAUGCUCAAAAAGAGUAUUACCCUAACGUAGUAUAUCCCUCUAUACUUUUAUCUUAAUAAUUGCAGAUUAGUUAAUAGAUCGCCUGAAAUAGUCGAUUUAAAAUCGAUAAUUCAAGGUAGCAUUCAAAUUAACACCACUAAGCUUGUCAUUUUAUUUUAACUUGCCAAUUCACAGGAUUAACCAUUAAUUAUUUUACCUUAGCCGUACAAUCAUUGUUUAUUCGUUUCAUUCUUAUCACAUGAGGAAAACCAUAUACCAAAUGCACAAACAUACAUGACCUUGAUAUUAUAGAGAUGAACCUGUAUUAAAACACGUUUUGAUACUCAAGUCCAUUUUUGUACCCGCUUUCAUUCAAACUGUGGAUAAUGUCUUAGGAAUAAUUGUUAUUAUGUAUAUAGAUUGUAGGUAUAAUCUUACCAAUUUGAUUUUUGUAGUUUAGGCAUAAUGUAUACAAUAGGAUAUGCGUAGACAUUACUGCCGUAUUUUAAUCGAAAACAACGGCUACUCUGUAAAUGCAAUGAUUUCGAAUUAUUAAUAUUUUCGCUGAAAUUUGCACUCUUUCUUUCAAUCCAUAGAGCCAAUGUCGAUUGGAAUAACGUCUUAAGAAAUCUCACUAUACAAAUUAGUAUAAUACAUAUUACAACAGAGUAAGCCAACAAAAAUAUGUUUUUAAAAAGUUUUAUGACGAAGCGCAAUUUUUUAGUAUGCUAUGAGUGUAAUUUGUAAAUACUCGACUGUAUUGUGUAAUGGCAUAAUAAUGUUUAUAAGAUGUAAUAAUUGUUAUAAUUGAAAAUCAGUAGGUACAGUAGAUACAAUUGCAUUGUAUAAAGAAGCUUUAUUAAGAGCUAUUUGUAUAUUUUUAUACUUUCAUAAGUUAAGAAUGUCAUUGUAAAUAUUUAUUGAAAUACUAAUAUAAUGACUAUAGACUAUUAACUAUUACAGAAAUAAAUUCAUAUCUGUAAACUUGCUUUACCUAGUUGCUCGUACGCAACAUUAAACAAUGUAACAUCGUAAGAUAUGGAGCUUAUUAUUUCAGUUAUGUAUGAAGCAGUAAACCAACUCUAUUUACUAUAUUUCAUUUAAUUAUGUGUUAUUAUUAUAACAGUCUCACAGUCUCUCAGUCGUUUUGUGUGUAGAAAUAAUUUGUUAUUUUAAAUAAAAUUAUAAUUGUUCCCGAGAGGUAUUACCAAGUUACUCUUUUCGUAUACUAAAUUAUAUCUAAUGAAAAUGGUCAUGAAAAUAUAUUUAUAUAAAACAAAAAGUACAUACGAACAAAUAAUAAAACAAUAAAUCGAAGUAUAACCUUUACUAGUU